UAGUAGAAGAAUUAUCAAAUAUUUUAUUUUGGGUGUAUUAUUUAUUUCAUAAUUGUACGGUAUUCUAAAAUAUACUUAAAAUGAAUACUAUAUUGAAUGUUGCUCGCAUAUUAAAUGUAUCCUGUAAACGAUAUCUAAGUUCUGGUAAAUUACCUUCAGAAAUUGUAAUACCAAUAGAUAAAGAUAUGAUUAUCUGUUGGCAUCCAAAACGGGAAUUUCUUUAUGAGUAUUCAUUACCACUACCAGAAGAGAAACAAGUUGUAUCAAAUUCUUUUUUAUGUAUUGGUGAAAAAGAAAUUGCCGAGGCAUUUAAACAUAAAAGAAAGGAAGUUGUUGUUGAAGAACUUAGUAAAAUGACAUAUACUACAAAACAUAGAUGGUAUCCUAGAAAACGGAUUGCGAGAUAUAGAAAAACAGAACCGGACAGACCAUAUCUAUAA